CAAGACCCACAAUCAGCUAAACCAGUCUUGCGUGACGUCACCUCAAAUCUGUCAUCUGCGCGGCGUGUGCGUGCAUGUGUGUGCGUGCGACAACAUUGCGGGAGACUUAGUUCCAGUUGGCACCUUGUGUUAAGAGACAAGAAGAGAACAUUUGGGACUCCGCCGCUGUCGUGUUUCGCUGUUCGGUCCGCGCUGACAACAAUAACUUGUUAGUCGCUCCGUUGGAGGAAAAGGAAGGAGAUGACGACGACGAUGACGAUGACGAUGUCGAUGAUGGGACUCAGUCAGCUGGCGGCCAGGCAGGAGAAGUGACGGAGCGAACCGACGGCUGUGACCGUGUAACGUGGAAGCUGUCUUGCCGAAUCCCGCACAGGAUCCCCGCGACGAGGAGGCAAGAAUGCCCCGGAGGAAACAAUCCAACCCGCAGCCCGUCAAAUUGGAGUUAGAGGAUGGCAGUGUAUCGUGCAACCCGGGAUGUCUGGUUCUGGACAGUGGCAUUCUGCUAAGUGGAGAGUUGGAAUUUGACAACUCUGAAAUCAUGGGUUUGGACGCAGAUUCUGAUGAUUCUUCAGGGCUAACAGACACAGCAGUCCCACCAUUCCUCUCAUGUAAAGGCUGUGGUCAGCUUCUCUGUGACACGCCACUGGGAGAAGGGUUUGAUCUUGGUUUGACAGCAGUGGGUCAUGAUCCUAAGGCAGAACUUUACUGUCUCAACUGUGAAGGUGGUGUCCCGGGUUCUGUCUCAAUCGCAUCCAUACCUGUGGCAGAUGACAAGAUGGCCGACAUUUCCCUUGGUGGUGCAUCCGACAGGAAGAAAAGGAGCGAAACUAAAAUUGGUGCAACUGGCGACCUUCCUCAUAAAAUAUACUCCUGUUCACUGUGCACCUUCACUUCACGUUACUCGAAUCACCUCAAACGGCACAUGCACAUCCACGACGGCCAGAAACCAUACCGCUGCCCCGUAUGCCCCUAUGCUUCGACCCAGCUGGUCAACCUGCAACGCCAUGCACGCACACACACGGGGGAAAAGCCAUAUCGCUGCCAUCAGUGCAACUAUGCCUGCAGUUCCCUUGGAAACCUGCGCCGGCACCAGCGCAUGCAUACACUGGACCGCCGGCCAAGGAGGGACAAGGAGAGUAGAAGAGCCAGUAUGAGAAAAGUGAACAGCAAAAGCGGAAAAGCUGUCUCGGACCUGACGCUACGAGUUACUCAGGAGUCUGCUUACCUGCAGGCACAGGGCAAGCUGAGCUCCGCCUCAGGCCCUGUCCUGCUCUUUCCACUGUGCUGCCGGCUUUGUGGCCUCACCCUGGAGGGCAUCAACAUGGAGGACAUCAAGGAUAGUGGUAGACAGGUGUGCCAUCGCUGCUCGUUGGACGCACUGGUCAAAGAUGGUGUCGAUUGUCCCAGAAGUACAUUUGGACCUAUGGAGUCACACAAGCGUGGGAGCCAGCUGUACCGCUGCCCUCUGUCCCCAUUUCUGUCCCAUUACCCCAACCAUCUGGCACACCACACUCACAUCCACAUCCACUCUGAGGAGAAACCUCACCGCUGUCCACAGUGCCCCUACACAUCCUCCCACAUGGACAACCUCAAACGGCACCUGCGUGUGCACACGGGCGAGAAGCCAUACCAGUGCCCGUCGUGCAGCUACGCGUGUGGCAACCUCGCCAACCUGCGCCGACACGAGCGCAUCCAUUCGGGCGCCAAGCCGUUCCACUGUGAUAUUUGUGGCUACUCGUGCAACCAGAGCAUGAACUUGAAGAGACACAUGCUGCGACACACUGGCGAAAAGCCUUAUGCCUGCAGUGAGUGUGACUACACCACGGGACACUUGGACAACUACAAACGCCAUCAGAGGAAACACGGACAUGGCAUGGACAACUGGGAUCAGUCAGCGUGCCAACAUGGCCUCAGCUGGGCCAAACAACCUCAGGAGAACCAGGGACACAGUUAGUCUGCUUGGGCGUGUCUGUGUGUGUGCUUUCCAGGGAUGGCAACUUUGCCUCUUUUGACCUUUUGUGACUUGACAAAAACUAAAAAGACUUGAGACUCACUUUGGACUUGGGAGUUAAAGACUCGAGACAUGAUGAGGUGUUACACAUACAGUUGUGUUAAAAAAUAAUGGCAACAUUACUGACCAGAUAAAUCUGUUUUAGGUAGAAAUUUUGUUACUACACGACAAAUAAUUUGACAGUAGGUGUAGUAGAAUCAUAGAAAACCAACAGACCCAACAUUCACGAAAUGAAUCCUAUUGAGUAACAUUUAUUUAUUUAACCUUUAUUUAUCCAGGGAAAGGCAGUUGAGAACAGAUUCUCAAUUGCAAUGAGUAAAACAAAACAAAAUAAGAACAAAUACACAACAGAUUGUACAAUGUGAUGUAGUUACAUAAUAUAUUACAUCACAUUACAUCAUAAUAAAUGGAUCUGAACAUGCUAAAAACUGGUGCUGCGAUCAUGUACACUUGUACAGCAUCCCUUACUAAACAUUUAAACAGUGGUAUUGGGAUGAAUGGUGAGUUUUAUUAUUUGUUGCCGAGUGUCAUUUGGGGCAGAAAAUUGAAAAGAUCCACCAAAUGUAGUGCGGACUUUGGGAACGAAGAGAUUAAUAUAAUUGUAGGAAUGGAGAGUGCGGGUGGUCGUCUGCAUGAUGAGCUCGAUGAGAUGAAGAUGAGGUUUCUUGUGUGUUAUAUAAUUAAAGAUGGGCCUUUGAAUUUGUGUGAGGCGUCAGGGCCAAUUAACCAGGCAGUAAAGUUUAAUUGAAUAAUUAAUUGAAAGGGCUGUGUUCAAAAUCAUCCUGGGCUCAAAACACUUCUCAGAAACGAUGUGCAGAGGAUAAAGCAAAGCUUUAAGCCACUGAGAUGCUGCAACGGAGUUAAUUGAUGCACCGUUGGUUACCGUGAUGAUAAAUGACAGUCCAAGACAAACUAGCCAGUUGAACACGCACAUCCUCUUAAUACAUCUGUCGUUGAUCAUUAAACAAUAAGUUUCGUAUAACUUGUUUCCUACUUCCGGUUGGAACUGCUGCCGAGGCAAAGAAAGCUUCCUUCUUAAAAAUUGACCGCAAUUAACCAAUGACACUUAAUACACUGUGUAACAUUAUAUAUACACAUUAUGGUCCUACAUAGUGGUUUUGUAACUUAAUUAGUUAUUAAAAGGAAUGCUAAAUCCAAACGAUUUUUAUAUUUCUCCAGUAAAUAUUUGAGGUUGUAAAGAAAAUGCAGACACUGCUAUUUUUUUAAAAGCCCAGAAUUCAUUUUUCUUUCUUUUCUGUGAAGUAAUAAAUGUAUACAUUUUUGUUUGUUUUCAUUGAGAAUAUAACGUGCAGUAUUCUCAAUGUAUUGAAAAGAGAGACUAUUAAAGUAUAAGGAUUGUGA